AUGGCGGGCGCGCUGGGCGUGGGGCCGGGGGUGCUGGCGCUGCUGCUGCUCUGGGCCAUGGCGCUGCUGCUCGGGACGGCGCUGGCCCGCGCCGGCCGCGCCCGGGUCGCCGCGGUGCCAGUGGUGCUCGGAGCCGCCGCGCUCACGGCCGCACUGCUGCUCUUCCCCCGCGAGGGCGAGAGCCCGGCCCCGGCCAGCGCCGAGGAGAUCGUGGACACCUUCCUCAUCGGCCGCUUUGUCCUCCUGGCUGUGACGAGCCUGCUCUUCCUGGGGUGCCUGUUCCUGCUCCUGGUUUACGACCUCAUGGAGCCUGUGUAUGCCAAGCCACUCCACAGCAGCUAGAGAUGGUAAUCCCUGUGAAGAGCUUUUGUAGGAAUAAACCAGGAAGGGAGACCAGGAGGCUCUUCCGGAGGUGACCACGAUGAUUUUUCUGAGCUCAGGAAGCACCGGCAAAUCAAGUGAAGGUCACUUGGACCCAGCACUGCAGCUUUCACCCUUAAAAGCAAAGUUUGGGCUGAGCACAAGGCUCUUCCUCCCCAGGGUCUUCAAGCCUCUGCAUCUGCAAAGGCUUUUGAACCUCCGAGUCGUCGUUUACAGGCGAGCUGAGAUCCAGCACUGGGUGCUGCCCCUGAGUCAGGGAAUUGAACUGAACCGAGAUGGUUUGUUAUUGUUACCCACAAGAGAUAGUUUGUUACUGCUCCUUUUUCAUUUAAUAAAACUCUUUGAGAAA